UUUUUUUUUUUAAAUAAAUAAAACUAUGGCUGAUGCACAGCGAAUGAUUUUAGAUCCUGCCAUUCGUGAUUGGGUUUUGAUCCCCAUUUUAUUUGUCAUGGUCUUGGUAGGCAUCCUUAGACAUCACAUUACUAUGCUUAUUACAGGUGCACCAAAGAAGCCACAAUUAAAAGCUAUUCGAGAAUCUAAGGCAUUGUUACGUGGUAUGCGUUUAAGGAUGGUUGGCAACAGUAUUCCACAACAUGCAUUUUCAGUUCGUAAAGCCUAUUUAGCAGAUGCAUUUGAAAAAGGAAAAUAUCUUAAAAACCCAGAUGCAAAUAAAGAGGGGGCACCUCCUAUGAACCCAAUGUCAGAUCCUGAUAUGAUGGAAGGCAUGAUGGAAGGAAUGAAAAAACAAAUAACCAACAUGGUGCCCCAAAUGAUUAUUAUGGGCUGGAUUAACUUUUUCUUUCAAGGAUUUAUCGUUAUUAAACUUCCAUUCCCUUUAACGCCCCGAUUUAAACAAAUGUUACAAAGUGGUGUUGAUACCCGUGAUAUGGAUGUGACCUGGGUUUCUUCUCUUUCUUGGUAUUUCCUCAAUUUAUUUGGUCUCGGUAGUGUUUUUUCGUUAAUUUUGGGUGAUAAUAAUGCUGCUGGAGUUGAUAUGACUGCUAUGAGUGCUAUGCCAGGUAUGAUGCCAGGCAUGAUGCCAGGCAUGGCUCAACCUGGUCAACCUCAAGAUUUUAAUAAGCUUUUCCUUGCUGAAAAAGAAAAUGUGAUGAUUACACCUCAUGUAUGGGAUUUAGAUGAUAUUGAAGAAAGAUUAUUAAAAAAGUAUGGUAAACAGCCCACUUCUAGUAAAAAACCAUCAACACCUACUGCUACCACUACUGCUACAGUAAUUAAUAAUAAAGAGCCUACUAUACGCGAUAAAAUAAAAAAAGUGGCAGCACAAAAGAAUCAUAAUAAACGUCGUUAAAUAUGAAGAAUUUUUCACAUACUCAUUUGUUUUUUUUUAUUAUUAUUAUUUAACAUGUGUAUAUAUUUUAAUGGAUUAACAGAAA